AUGGCGCAAAUGGCGGACCCUAGGGAAUCUCAGCGCCCUCAAUAUCCUUCUCCGGAUGACCCAAACCAAGGUGGCUACUACUCGCAACAAUCUCCUCGAGGAGCCCUUCCUAGGGAUGAUCGCAGUUCGUAUCCUCCUCCAGAUGCAGGCCGUCAAGGACAGUAUCCGGAUCCAAGGGCAGCUGCACCAUAUCCUCCUCAACCAUGGCCACCCGCUCCACAUAGUGCUUAUCCUCCACCUCACCACUAUCCAGACCCUCAGCAUCCAGGCUAUGCCUACCCACCCAGAACGGAUCUAGGACAACCUCCCCAGCAGAUGCAGCCAGACCCCUAUCGUUUGCCACCACCGCAUCCAUAUCCUGGCUACUAUCCUCCUCCUCAGCAUUACCCCCCUCCUCCUGCUGCCGCCCCGAGACAGCGAACUGCCAUCGCCUGCAAAUACUGCCGAAAGAGAAAGAUCCGAUGUUCCGGCUACGAUAGUUCUCCGGAUGGCCGUUGCCAGAACUGUGUUCGGUUCAACCAGCAAUGCUUAUUCCACCCUGUCUCCUCACAGGCGGCCUUUGUUCCGGCUUCUGCUGUCUAUGGUCCUGGGGGUGCGAGAGCGCCUGUUGCUGGUCAGUCUGAUAAUCGGCCUGGUCAAAAUGGAGAACAACCCAUGCUCUAUGGCGCUCAUGGACAACCACUUGGUCCUCCUGGUCCACAUGGUCAACCUCAGUACAGUUAUCCUCCGGCGCCUCCUCCAGGCCAUUAUCCUCCACAGCCGUAUCCUUACCAGGCGUCCCCGUACCCUCCUGCGGCGGGAUCGCCCUAUGACGCACAAGGGCAGGCACCGCCUGCCCAGCAUGAUGAACGUGUCAGUCUCAAGCGUCCCCCUCCUGAUGAUGACCCCCACAAUGAGAAUUCUCAUGCGUCCCAGUCUCCUCAUCCCAACGCUCGUCCUCGCCAUGGUACAUAUGACUCGCGUGCCAAUAGUAGUGGCAGCUAUGAUUACCCAGACCCCACCAGCGGAGCCCCAACGUCGCCUGCUACCUCGACAAUGAGUUAUCAGUCUUACCCGCAGCAGCAGUCCCGCUAUCCCAAUGGCACCCAGUCUCAAAAGGGAAAUGCCUCGCCGCCAUCUGGGCUUACUCCACAGUCAGCGCAGAGUUUCAAUUCGCCUCACCAUGGCCCAAACCAUGAUGAUGGUCGAACUCCCCCGCCCAAUCAGCCCAACUCGGCCGGCUCAUCCGCGAAUGGCAGAAGCGGCAUGAAAGUCCAUGAAAUGCUUGGAGGGCCUUCGGCUGGAGGACCAGAACAGCGUGGCAGAAGCGACAAUGAAAUGCUGAGCAAGCUCGACCGCAAGAAGUAG